AUGGAUGAGCACUUCAAUUCACUUCAUGGACCGAACACCGCAGGCGAUGAGAAUGGUCACAGUGCGGCUGCGGAGUCCCAACCUCAUACGCACGACGAGAGCGCAGGCGCAGAAACUCAAGACGAAUCUUUGGAAGAAAACCUCCAUCCCUCUCAAUCUAAACCAGACAAGAAUUCGAUUCCUAUGCAGAAAAGAAGGAGGGUCACCCGAGCAUGCGACGAAUGCCGCCGGAAGAAAAUCAAAUGCGAUGGGAAGCAGCCAUGUACCCACUGCACAGUGUACAGCUACGAGUGUACGUACGAUCAACCCUCGAACCGUCGUCGAAACCCCACCCCACAGCAUGUUGAGGCCUUGGAAGCGCGCCUCCACAAAGUCGAAGAGAUCCUUCAAUUCCUGGCCCCUGACCUCGAUUUGAAUGAUCCUCACUUACUCGCCACCGACACCGAGCAGAUAGUUGCGGCACUGCGACGGGAUGGAUUACCGGAUGGACCAACCUCAAAACCCCCAGCAAGCAAUGCGCCACAGCAAGACACAUGUGCCGAUGGUGCCGAUGGUUCGUUCUUGGAGACAAUGAUGGAAAACUCCGGUUUCUUAGACGUUGAUGAUCAAGGCCAUUGGGACUACCACGGCCAUUCGUCAAGUAUCAUAUUCAUGCAACGACUGCGGAAACAAAUCGGAAAUGUUUUUUCCGUACCUCUGCGCCCCUUGAACAAGCCCGUGCCAAUUAUGCAGAUGUUCGAAAGUCCCAAGUCGCAAUCAGAGUCUCCGCAGGACAUGAAUGGCCACAACCUGCCUCCAACUCAUGAUCUGCCCGCGAAAGAUGUCGCAAUGAGGCUUUGUCAGAGCGCUUUCGGCCACGCCUGUAUUCUCAUGCGUUUUAUUCACGAGCCAACUUUUUGGUCAACCUUUGACCGUGUAUACGCAAAUUCUUACGAACAAUUUACAAAUGAAGAACACACUUUCUUGCCCCUUUUAUAUGUCGCAAUGGCUGUUGGAUGCCUUUUCUCAAGCAGUGAUGUCGAGAGCGCUAUUGACAGGACGGGCUACGAGGGGGCCAUUGGCCAGGGGUUUCAAUAUUUCAGAGCAGGCCGUCAUCUACUCGAUAUCACAGACUGCCGGGAUUUAAUCACUCUACAGGCUAUUUGUUUCAUGGUCUUGUUCCUCCAAUCCACAGCAAAAUUGAGCACCUGUUAUUCAUAUGUGGGGAUUGCUCUGCGGGCUGCCCUUCGCUUAGGCCUCCAUCGAAAAGUCGACGCCAACUUUGAUCCUGUGGAGAAUGAACUUCGAAAACGUAUAUUCUGGACAGUUCGAAAGAUGGACAUCUAUGUCAGCAGUCUUUUAGGGCUGCCACAGAUGGUGAGCAGCAAGGAUAUUGACCAGGAGUAUCCACUAGAUAUAGAUGAUGAGUUUAUCACUCAUACGGGCAUCCUCACCAUGCCGUCUGAUCGCGUAUCAUUCAUGGCAGGAUCAAACGCACAGGCUUCCCUAAGCGACGUUAUGAUCAAAGUGGUCAAAUACAUCUACCCUGUUAAACUAGCAGAACACCAGUCGAAGGCUGAUCACACUUAUAUGAUCAGCCAUGCCAAAAUUCGGGAGAUUGAGAGGGAUCUUCAGGUAUGGAUGGAAAAUUUGCCCACUACACUGAGGCCAGGCAGUGAAGUCAGUCCCGAAUAUGAACGUAUGCAACAAUUGCUUCGGAUCAGCUAUGCUCACGUGCAGAUGCUGAUGUACCGACCUUUCCUGCACUACGUAGCAAACAGCUUUCAUAAUCAGAGUAUCGACAAGCGCUCCUAUGCAUGCGCUGCGGCGUGCAUUAGUGUUUCUCGAAAUGUGGUUCAUAUUACGGCUAGCAUGUAUCGGAAGGGUCUGCUCAAUGGAUCCUACUGGUUUGUCAUGUACACGACAUAUUUCGCUAUCCUCUCGUUGGUAUUUUUCGUUCUCGAGAAUCCGGAUUUAUCAACGGCCAAAGAUGGUAUUCUCAAAGACGCCCUAGAAGGAAAAACAACUUUAGCAAUGUUGGCUAAGAAGAGCAUGGCUGCAGACAGAUGCGCUCAAAGCUUGAUUGGUCUUUUCAAGCAACUUCCCGAGAAGCUCAAAAGCCGUCAAACUUCAGCGGCGCAUCAUGUAGUAAACUUGAAGCGGCCGCCGCCCUCGAAUACACCAGCUAAAACGAGAGUGCAACGGCCUUCCUCCAUGUCUUUGCCGUUUGAGACGCCACAACGAUCAAACUCUUUCCCGACGAAACUAAGAGCUCCGCAAGAAAGGCAGGCAAAUGAGUUUAACAACAACAAUAAUAAUACGAAGAAGAGUAUUGACGACACCUUGCCUAGGCGGUCACAAACUUGGCUUUGGGAUGGUACCUCAGACUCGACCGAAUCUCCCGCGUCGAUGUCGCCUUCAUUUUCUCAUCAAAGUAGCCCGGCGGCAAGCCAGUCUUUGACUCAGCCACCGGCGCAGCAGCCGUUUGUCCCAUCACAGCAACCCUGCACCAAUCAGGUUCUUCCGGAUCUCAUGCCUAUAAUGUUCCCGUCAGGUGAUCAGCUCGCUUACCCUGCACAGCCUAUGUCCACUCUUGAGGAUGGUCAUUUUAGGGAAGACAUAUCAAAUUCACCCAUGCAGUAUACCCCUGAAUCCCUUGUGCAGGGAAAUGCGCCUGCUGCUCUCAGUGGAGGCUUUUCUCAUAACACAUCAUCAAAUAACUUUGAUGGAUUUUCUGGAAUUCAAGGAUUACAUGGGCCACUUCCUACAAGGAGUGCUACAACGCUAGCGCCUCACCUCCAGCGUCUAGGACUCGAAACACAACUAUAUUCCCCCGCGACACAAAGCUCCUCAACACCUGAUACUUUGCAAAGUCCUGACCUAGUAUCCCUUCCUCAUAACUACGUAUGGCAAAGCUUUGGCCCCUCGACUCAGAACACUGCCCGCGAGCAGUUAAUGAAGGAGAAAUCGGCUCCUGGGGACAGCAAUCUGACGAUAGAUGAUGUGGGAGUGACAUCUAUGGGCAUGGGCUUCGAUAUGGAUGUAAAUUUUGGCGAAAUUCUCGGAACGAAUCCCAGCAAUACUUCCGCUAUGAAUGAUGACUGGAGUCAAUGGAUGAAUACUGGCGUUUGA